AUGGUGUGCCAGAAUCUGUUCCAUCCGAAUGGCCGCCGGAUACAGCGAUUCAGAUCAAUCAACCUCCCUCAUUGGAACGAUCGGGAUAAGAGCCUCCCUAUGAGGAAAUAUCGGCGGGGAAAAAGCCUAAGGAACCUUGCCGCUCCGAUAUCAACAAUAGAGAUUAACCCUAAUGUUAUAGAAUCAGAUGACUCUAACGUGGUGAUGAAUGAUGCAUAUGGAGAUCCUUCUUGCUUAGGGUGGAGCAACCAAGGAAAACGGAAUCGAUCAGGAUUAGUGCAGGGACUGGAAAAUCUUUAUUCCGAGAUAUGGUUGCUGGACAGACUGACAUACAACUUCUCGGAGAGAGUCCAUAACUCUGUUGAAGAGAAACUCGCUAAAUCGGUGGUAGUUCGUUCGCUAGGAGAGAAGAAAAGCUACAAUGCACUUUUACUUCGAACCCAAACGAUGUGGAGACCUAAUGAGGAGACGCAACUAAUCAAUUUGGAUAAUGAAUAUUUCCUGGUACAGUUUGCGUUAGAGAAUGACUACCUGAAUGUUGUGUCCGGGGUCCUUGGAUGGGCCAUUGCUGGUGCCUUAGGUAAAAUUAUGAAGAUAGACUACAAUACGACCGAAGGCAAGAGGGGUCGAUUUGCGAGAUUAGCAAUUUUAGUCGAUUUGGGAAAACUAUUGAUUCUAGGAGUCAUGAUUGAUGGGCAUUAUCAAGGGGUAGAGUAUGAAGGCUUGCUGACCAUUUAUUAUGCUUGUGCUAAAUACAGUCAUACAAAAGAGUCUUGUGGAGCCGCUUUGAUUGAUGGUACCGUAGAAAAUACUAAUGCCAAUGAGAUAAUUGAGAAUCCCGUAGAACCAUAUGGUCCUUGGAUGCAAGUUCCUCCGAGGAAAAAGAAAUAG